AUGAUAUAUCACUUUUGCUUCCAUUUUAAUUCGGCCAUCUUCUUCCUUUCGCUUCUUCUUUCAUCUCUUUUUCUUUCCUUCUACUUUUCUUAUGCAUUUCCAAUUCAUUUUCUAUUCUUUUUUAUUCUUUCUUUCUUUUUUUUCGGUUCAUUCAUUUAUUUCUUAAUUUAUGCUUUGUCUUACUUUUUUCUUUCUUACUUUUUAUUCAUUCUUUUUUCUUUCUGUUUCUUUCUUUCCCUCAUUCCUUUUUUUCUUUCUUUCUUACUUUUUAUUCAUUCUUUUUUCUUUCUUUCUUUUUGUUUCUUUCUUUCCUUCAUUCCUUUUUUUUUCUUUCUUACUUUUUUUUCAUCCCUGAUCCCAGACUUACUUUUAUACUCUCAGGGUUUAUACAUUUCUUCAUGUUUUUUCUUCUGCAUUUUUAUUUGCACUAUUGUUUGUCAAUUCUUCUUUUUCUUCUUCUUCUUCAUCUUCUUCUUCUUCUUCUUCUUCUUCUGUUUUUUUAUUCAUUUGCAAAUUCUUUCAAGUUCGUUCUUUAUUUCAUUCUUUUUUAUCCCUCCUUUUUUCCAUUCAUUCAUUUUUCUUUCCAAAUUCCAUCUGGUUUUACAUUUUUUUCGUUCUUUUCUUUUUUUUUUUCUUUCUUUCUUUCUUUCUUUCACCCUCUUCAUAAAUUUUUUCAAUGCACUUUUCUUAUUCUUUAUUCUUUUUUUACCUCUAAUUUCUUCUUCUUCUCCUUUUUCUUCACAUUCAUUUACAUUAUUCCAUAAUUUAUUAAUUUCCAAAUUCUUUCGUUCAUUAUUUUGUUGUUGUUGUUGUUGUUGUUGUUUUUAUUCCUUCUUUCAUUUUUCUUCUAUAUUUCUUAUUCCCUCCAUUUCUACUAAUCAACAGAUAAAGCCCUUCCCUACCCCCCCCCACUUCGUCCCUGGAUCUACCCACCUUCUUUUUCUUUUUUUUAAUAUCCCAUCAACCACCACUGGACUCUUUCUGGAGCCCAUUUGCAACGACCAACCCUUCGCCACCAUCUUUCAUGACCCUUGA